UGUCGUUUAUUUAAAUUUCUCCCAAACACUUUUCUCAUUCAGCUAAACAAAUAAAAAUCCCAAUAAAAACUGGGAACAAGAAAACCAGAAAUUAAUAUAAAUAAAAAAAAAAAGAGGAAAAAUCUGUAACCAAGCGAGUUUGUUUAUUCUUUGACUUGUUUGGUUUGAGGAAGAAGGAGAAGAUGCGGUGUCUUGGGGCGUUGGAAUCGGUGAGAGUUUCCCCGUUACCUUCCUUAUCUGUUAAUGGAGGCACCGGCAAAGAGGUUACUUUAGCCACUGGGCUUCACCUCCGCUACUCCACCACUCCUCUUCGUUCCUCGCUCUCUUUCACUCUCCCCAAUAGCUUUUUCUUCAGAACCAGGGCGCCUUCUCAAAGAACUGUCUCCUUUUAUUGCCACUCUUCAUUGACUCCAGAGUUGAAGACUACACUGGACAAAGUUGUCAGUUCUCAGAAAGUGAUCCUUUUUAUGAAGGGAACAAAAGACUUUCCACAGUGUGGAUUCUCCAACACAGUCGUUCAAAUAUUGAGGUCCUUAAAUGUACCUUUCGAAACAAUAAAUAUACUGGAGAAUGAAAUGCUGCGUCAAGGAUUGAAGGAAUACUCCAGUUGGCCGACCUUCCCACAGCUUUACAUCGAAGGAGAGUUUUUUGGUGGCUGCGACAUCACUGUUGAGGCAUACAAAAGCGGUGAAUUGCAAGAACUAGUGGAGAAGGCUAUGUGCUCUUGAGGCUUAAAGAGUUCAAAGGAGUGUAUCAAGUUUAAUUUUACGUUUAUGUUGACCAAUAUUGUAAAAUACUUUAAUGAUAUAUAAUUCAGUGUGCACUUUGCCACUAAAUAAAAAAAAUGAAAACAAAAAAAAAAAAUAAAAACUGGAAAGAAGCUGUAUAGUAUUUAACAGGAUCUAUAUUUAUCAACACUUAUGUUGAUUAUAAAUCUAUAAUCUAACAAUUUAAAUAUGGAUAAAUCUAAAACGAUAAAUAAACGUUUAAGAAAUGUUACAAUAAUGAAAGUGAAAUAUAAUUUUUCCUUC